GAUUUACAGAGCAGGAACAACCAUGGAUACCAGUCGUGGCAGUAAAGAGAUGGUUCUUCUGGCAGGGAACUCUCACCCAGAGCUGGCACAGCUGAUUGCUAGCCGGCUAGAAGUGCCCGUAGGUCGAGCAGAAGUGAAGGAAAUGGCCAAUCGAGAAACAAGUGUAGAGAUCAUGGAGUCAGUGAGAGAGAAGAGUGUUUACCUCAUUCAGACAGCCAACCCCAAGGAUGUCAACAAUAACAUCAUGGAACUUCUCAUCAUGGCAUAUGCUUGCAAGACAUCCUCAGCACGCAACAUUGUAGGAGUAAUCCCAUACCUACCAUACUGCAAGCAGAGCAAGAUGAGGAAGAGGGGCUGCAUUGUAUCCAAGUUGCUAGCCAAGAUGAUGUAUAAGGCAGGGUUGACUCAUGUCAUUACAAUGGACCUACAUCAAAAAGAAAUUCAGGGAUUCUUUGAGUGCCCAGUGGAUAAUCUGCGUGCAUCCCCCUUCCUUCUACAGUACAUCCAGGAGUGUAUUCCUGACUAUCGUAAUGCAGUUAUUGUGGCGAGAGAUCCAGGAUCAGCCAAGAAAGCCACAUCAUAUGCUGAGCGUUUAAGGCUAGGAAAUGGCAUUGCAGUUAUUCACGGAGAACAGAAAACCAAUGAAGAUGAACAAGCUGAUGGUCGAAACUCCCCUCCUUUAGUUGAGCAUUCACGAAUAAUGGAUGUGGGUGUUGGUGUUCCUGCUCUGGCAGCGAAAGAAAAACCUCCUAUUAAUGUUGUUGGAGAUGUAGGAGGUCGUAUUGCUAUCAUGGUGGAUGACAUGAUAGAUGAUGUUGCUUCAUUUGUGGCUGCUGCAGAAGUGCUUAAAGACCGUGGUGCAUACAAAAUAUAUGUCAUGGCAACACAUGGUCUUUUGUCCUCGGAUGCUCCACGUCUUAUAGAUGAUUCACCUAUUGAUGAGGUUGUUGUCACAAACACAGUUCCUCAUGAAAUCCAGAAGAUGCAGUGCCAUAAGAUCAAGACAGUAGACAUCAGUAUACUCCUGGCAGAGUCCAUUCGCAGAAUCCACAACAAUGAGAGCAUGAGCUACCUCUUCCGAAAUGUAACACUAGAAGAUUAAGACCUGUUUGUUAACUUUAUCUUUGAUUCAAGACCAUAUGUAUGGGUGGCAUAACCUUUUUUAUGUGACUACAUGCUACUACAUGAGGUGAAAUUUAGAUAUAAAAAGUUGAUAUUUUCUGUCAUGUAGUCCCUUUAACUUGCUAUAUAAAGAAAGAAAUGAGUGUCUAUGUGAUACCUUUAUUUUUUCACAAAAUUAGUCUUAUAUAAAUUUUUUUUUAAAUGUUUCUCAGAUAGAGUAUAAGUAGUGAUGGAAUAACGUUAGUAUGUAAUAACACAUAUUGUUAGUAGGAAACUGGUAUAUCUUGCGAUAAUGAUAAUUCAGAAGAGAAUAUAAGAUAUAUAUA